AUGCCCGCCAGGUGCACCAUCUUCAGCUCCAUCCUCUCAAGCCCGGCCUUCCUCUGUGUCUCAUCUUGGUUGGCAGUUUUUACAGGACGCCAGCUGCCGGGGCUCUGCACUCUCUUUAAAUUACCUCGGUUUUACUUUGCUGCCCAGUACAAACUCUUGGGGGGGGGAGAGCCUUGGAGAAAGCUUAGGGCAGAGGCAGAGGUGGGCCGGGCACAGAUACCCGUGAGCCGGGAGGGCUUCCCUCACAGGCACGGGACACCCAAUGUGUUUGGCGAAGACUCUCAGGGACAGGGCUCCGCACACACUAGGCCUCCUCUGACCAGUGAGGCGGGAUCCCGGUUCACAGGAUUGGGGGCGGGGCCUGUGAUGGGGCGGGGCCUAGUGUGGGGGCGGGCCUCCCAAGCUCCGGCUCGCCGCCGGCUCCGCCCCUCCCAGGCCGGCUCCGCCCCGUCGCUCUCUGGGCGUUGUAGUCCGCAGGCGCUCGGCGCGCACGCGUGUCCGGGAGCCCAGGACUCCAAGUCCCAGAAGGCCGCGCGCCUCCUCCUCCGCCCCCGCCCCUCCCCCUCUCUGGAGUUCCAUGUGAGUCUGCCCAGCCAGGCCCCGUCCAGUCCAGUCCAGUCCACUGUCCGCAGUCGGGUCCAGCACAGUCCAGCGUCCGCAGUCCGGUCGCUGCUCCCGCCGCUGCCUCUCCCGCUGCCGGUGCUGGUGCCGGUGCCGGUGUCACCGCGGGGGCUUCAGGGGCCGCCCCCUGCCCAGCACAAGAUCCCAGGACUUUGGUGCUGCGGAAGCGUGACUCAGGAAGCCAGCUUGGGAUGCCAUGACCCCCACCAGGUGGACGCGGAGAAGCUGGGGGCUCCUGCCCCAGAGAAGUCCUGGAAGUUCCUGGUUUUCUACCUCUGCUUCUACGGCUUCAUGAUUCAGAUGCGGCCUGGAGAGAGCUUCAUCACGCCCUACCUGCUGGGCCCGGACCAGAACUUCACCCAAGAGCAGGUCACCAAUGAGAUGACGCCCGUCCUGACCUACUCAUACAUGGCGGUCCUGGUGCCCAUCUUCCUGCUCACGGACUACCUGCGCUAUAAGCCAGUGCUGGUCCUGCAGAGCCUGAGUUACCUGUCCGUGUGGGUGCUGCUGAUCUUUGGCACCAACGUCCUGUCCAUGCAGUUCAUGGAGUUCUUCUUCGGCGUCACCAUGGCGGCCCGGGUGGCAUAUUCCUCCUACAUCUUCCUCCUCGUCAGCCCCUCCCGCUACCAGCGGAUGGCGAGCUACUCACGCACGUCCGUGCUCCUGGGCGUCUUCACCAGCUCCGUGCUGGGGCAGAUCUGUGUCACUGUGGGCAAGGUCCCCUUCGUCACCCUGCACUACAUCUCCCUGGGCUUCAUAGUCUUUGGGCUGGUCCUGGCGCUCUUCCUGAAGCGGCCCCGGCGAAGUCUCUUCUUCAACCGCCCCCGCGAGCCUGUGUGCAAUGGAGCUUCGCCCUCAGAACUGGACCAGAUGAACCCGGGCGGGGCAAAGCGCCCAGAGGGCGAGCCCAGGUGGCGGUUCCUGGCCGUCUGCAGGGACUCGACGCUGGUGCGGAUGCUGCUGGAGCUGGUGGACAUCGUCCGUGUGCCGCAGCUGCGCCUGUGGUCCCUCUGGUGGGUGUUCAACUUCACCGGAUACUAUCUCAUCCUCUAUUACGUCCAUAUUUUGUGGAAUGAGGUGAACCCCACCCCGGACAGCUCCAAGGUCUACAAUGGGGGCGUGGAUGCCGCUUCGACUUUGCUGGGGGCUCUCACCUCCCUUGCGGCGGGCUUUGUGAAGAUCCGCUGGGCAGUGUGGUCAGAGCUGGUGAUCGGGGCCAUCACUGUCCUGCAGGCCGGGCUCAUCUUGCUCAUGUACACCACCAGCAGCAUCUGGGUGUGCUAUGUGUCUCUGGUGCUGUUCAGGGGCUUGCAUCAGUUCCUGGUGCCCAUCGCCACUUUCCAGAUCGCCUCGUCCCUGACCAAGGAGCUAUGUGCCCUGGUGUUUGGGGUCAACACCUUCUUUGCGACCGUCCUGAAGACCAUCGUGAUCGUCAUUGUGGUGGAUAAGAGGGGCCUCGGGCUCCCCGUCCGCUCCCAGUUCCGAGUCUACUUUGGCUAUUUCACAGUGCUGGCCGUGGCCUACUUUUCGGGGGCCGCAUACACGGCGGUGAGGCACUGUCGGCAGAGCAGGCUCCAGAACGUCCCCGUGGCGAAGGAGCUGAGGAGCCCCAUGGAGAUGUUGGAGAAGACGCCGAGCCCCGAGGAUGAUGGCAUCGCUGGCGUCCACGCCUGAUUGGAGACGCCGGUGGGCGGAAGGGCAAUCAUACAUGCUCGCGCCAGCUCGGCCCCGGGUGGGCGCAAAGCUCCCCCCACCCACCUUACUGGCCCUCCCCCCCUGCAUCUGUGGGAAGCAGUUCCAGAGGCUCUGCUGUGGCCUUGUCUCUUCUGCCACGUCCGACACUGACUGUACUCUUUAGCUGGGUUGAGGUUCAUGGUAUGAGCACCUUGGGAAACCAAGGCUGGGAGCAUGACUGCGUUAGGCUGGGCGCGUCACUGCUCGUGAUCUUAUCUUGGUACAGUCCUGUCAAACCCGGGAGAACCUAUUUUCCUCAAUUUGAUUAAGAAAUAGUUCUUGCCCAGACCAUGAAAUGGUGCCAUCCAAAGCCUCAGCCAGCUGGCUCCGUUAACCUGGAUGCCAUAUUGAGAACCAGCUGAAUCAGGUGCUCAAGGUAUUACCUUGACCUUUGGCAGGGCAGCCAAGCCAAGCGUGAGACAAUCACAGAGAGCACUAGGAUCCCCCGCCACGUUCACACACUCUCACACUCACUCUCAUCUACACACACACACUCUCACAUGUUCACACACACUCACACUCAUCUACACAUA